GCGCAUUCGAGUUUGAAACCGCGCGCGAAGCGGACCCACGCGGUACGGUCGUGCGCAAUACCUGUGGUCUACCUGCUACCUGUAAUUAACCUGAGGCUAUCUGUAACUGAGACUACCUGUAACUGAGACUGCCUGUAACUCGACGAUACCUGUAUCUCUGUGGUCCUGUGGAUUCAUGACGUCGAGGGAUUGCGGCCGGCUGAGCAGGCUGGGGGUGCUGGCACCAGCAGCGCUCUCCGCUUGCAUGGACGCCUCCGUGCUAGCCGUGCCAGCGGCUGGUGCGAUUGUAUCUACCGUCCUGAAAGAAUUGAGCAAGGCUUUUAUGCUGAAAAAAUGGUUUCACGGCAUAAUGUCAGCGAAAGAAGCUGAGCAUCUGAUGAUGGAGAGGGGCAAGAAUGGAUCAUUCCUGGUGAGGGAGUCCCUGACCCACCCUGGGGAGUAUGUCCUGUCAGUUAGAGUACGCGGCCGAGUCAGUCAUGUCAUGAUCAGGAGACAGCAUGACAAGUAUGACGUAGGCAGCGGCGAGCAGUUCGACGACCUGGUGGGCCUGAUAGAGCACUUCCGGUCGUAUCCCAUGAUAGAGAACUCCGGUGACGUCCUGCGUCUACUGUCUCCCGUCAACGGAACCUGCCUAAAAGCUAAGGACAUCAACAAGAAAGUUCAGGAGAUGGGUGAUUUCCAAAGACAAAGAAACAAGAGUGGUUUCGACGAGGAGUUCCAUACAAUCAAGAUGGUGGAUGGUUUUCACUCUUUCACCACCCGCGAGGGAUCAAAACCAGAAAAUGCGAGCAAGAACAGAUAUAGAAAUGUAAUACCAUAUGAUCAGACCCGGGUGAUAAUUCAGAAGCCCGGUAAUGACUACAUCAACGCCAGCUACAUACGAACAACGAGACUUGGCGACUCCACCAGCUCUGUCUCGUCCAGCGAGAGCAGUAAAAGUGUCCAUUCACUAAUACUACGACGUGAUAGUAAGAAGAAGAAACCAUACGUACCCUUGGUAUCAAAAUCACUCUCCGAUGACGCUUUAAGAGAAGUGAGGAAAAUCAUCAAAUUGGACAAAUUGCACACGAAGGAGUCUCGUAGUAUAAUUAAGGACAAAAUGUACAUCGCCGCACAAGGUUGUCUGAAAAACACGAUAAAUCAAUUCUGGCGAAUGAUUUGGCAAGAAGAUGUGAGGGUGAUCGCUAUGAUCACUCGAGAAAAUGAAAAAGACAAGGUAACGAAUGAAAAAUGUGCCCGUUACUGGCCAGUGCUGGGCAAAGAGGAAGUAUAUGAUGACAACAUCGCUGUGAAGUUCAUAUCGGAGUCGUGCUAUGAGGACUACGUGUUGAGGGAGUUCGAUGUGAACGACAACAACACUUGCAAAGUCAUCUACCAGUAUCAGUACACUAAUUGGCCAGACCAUGGUGUACCCGAGGAUCCCAAUGGAGUCUUAGGCCUGCUGAAUGAUAUAAACAGAAAAAUGUACCAUAUCACUCAAGAGAAAGAUGCUCCUGAUCAGAACAUCCUGUGCGUGCACUGCUCAGCCGGCGUCGGAAGGACAGGAACCUUCAUUGUCAUCGACAUGCUCAUUGACAAAAUCCGAUCAUCUGGUGUAAACACUGAGCUGGAUGUGCACAACACUGUGAAACUAGUCCGCGCCCAGAGAAAUGGAAUGGUCCAGAACAAGCUGCAGUACAGGUUCAUAUACCUGGCGCUGCAGAGCUACGUCGAUGGAAGCAGCGGCAAGAUGCAAAAGAAGAUUUAUACGUCGGAAGCUUGAUGCCACAAGAAAAUACAGUACUUGUUCGUGAAACUCCACAUUUAAGAUGUGUCGAGUAAAACUUAAGUUGGACUAAGUAAAAAGUUUGCGACAAGUAUCUGUAUUACGAUGAAAAAGUACCAUAAAAUUAUCAUCAAAACCAAAACUAGACUAAUGAUUACCUCUGAUGAGAAAUUGUGGAACCGUACAUCGAUUCUGCUAUUUAAUCUAACAUUAUUUGGCACCUAAAUCCUUGAACUAGUUCAGAUACUAUGCCUAAUAUAGCAAAAAGUAUUCUCACAUUCGCUUAAAGAUAAUUUUUAGAGUUUUGAUAGAUCCUAUCGCGAUGGUUGAACACAAGAAUAUUAUUUAGUUGUAACUAUUAUCGCACCGACUUUUAUAGUAAAAUUAUUUAGCAGAAUCGGCGUACAGUACUCAAAUACCGGACUACGACGUUUGAACAAUAUUAUCGAUACAUCUAAUAUUAUGUCUCGAUGUUAUGUCUAAUCGAUAUGAUGUCUAAUCGAUGUUAUAACCUUUUAGGUAAGUCUGCCAUCAUAACUCCAAGACGCGAGAAGACGUAAACGAAUAUAACUUUAGACUACACCAAUUUUCAAUUAUUGUGUAGCUUAGUUUAGAAAAACUUCUCUCUCGUGUCUUUAGGGUACAGGCAGGCUAAGGUUUAUGUACCACUGAGGAAAUUAAUUCCUAGGCAGUUGACAGACCAACGUUACUUGGU